AUGAGCAUCGCACAAACAUUCCAGCUCGCCCGCAAAGCACGAGGAAAGCUCUCUUCUGAGGCCUCCCGAGGAGACCACAACCUCAGACUCCUAGUCGGACAUGCAAACCUACUAGACUCCCUCAUGAUCCACCUUUCGGAAGCCGAAGCAGAGCAGGAACGGUGGUACCAGAACACCGUCCGAGGAAACGAGUACGACACCGAGGAGUACGGUUCCCUGGCCGCCGACUACGAGUCCGACACAGAAUCAGAGUCCGACGAGGACGAGGAGUACGAGGAGGACUCCGAUGAGGAGGAGGAGGACGAGUUCGAGGAGGUCUACUACGAGCAGACGCGACGAACAGCCUACCCAGCGAAGCCGCAGCCGCAACGCGCAGCAGUGAUCGAAGUGCAAGAGGUCGAGGCCGAUUUCGAUGACGACGAGUACGAGAACGAGGAGGAGGAUGGCAUGUUCACAUUGACGCGAACAACAUCGCACCGACCACCUUCGCUAUGCUCGGACGCUUCCGACGACGACGAGGAAGACGACCAUGCGCCUCCGUCACCACCACAACCCGUCGAACACCACUACCCAAUGUCCGAGAAGGAGCUGCGAACAAUCUCCUACUUCAGCUCGACAUUACACGACGACCACGACAGCACAGAGGUGUUGUUUGAGGAUCGGCUAUUACCAACGAUGAUAUCCACCUUCUAG